AGGAAAGGAGCCUGUUCGUUACAGCAACCUGAUGUACGACCCGAGAGUGGUGCGCGGCAACACUUACGCCCUUGAAGUCAUACCUGUGAGUACCACGCCCACUCCCUUUGAGAUUCAAAGGCAAAAGGAAGCAUGGAAAAGAGCACUGGCUAGAAAGCGUGCAAAAGAGCAAAUGCGACCAGAAACACCCGAGCCUGUGGAAGGCAGAGAGCACGUUCAGGUGCAGACAGAGCUGUAUUUGGAAGAGAUUAGUGACCGGAUAAUAGAGGUUGAUGUAGAGUGUCAAACAGAUGCAUUUUUGGACAGACCACCCAGUCCGUUCUUUGUACCAGCCAAAACAGGAAAAGAUGUGGCCACGCAAUUAGCAGGAGAGUUGUUUGACUUUGACCUUGAAGUCAAGCCGAUCCUGGAAGUGCUGAUUGGGAAAACAGUUGAGCAAGCUUUGCUGGAAGUCAUGGAGGAGGAAGAGCUGGCCCAGCUGUGGGCACAUCAGCGUGCCUAUGCAGAGCUGCGCAACGCAGAGCUUGCUGAAGUACAGCGCCUGGAAGAGCAGGAUAGGCGAUACAGAGAGGAGAAGGAACGUCGCAGACGCCAGCACAUGCAAAUGCUGAAGAAACAGAAAGAGACUGCAGAGAAAAUUGCAGCUCAGGCAUUCGCUAAGCAUUACUUGGCUGAUCUUAUUCCCUCGGUCUUCAACAACCUUCAUGAGGGUGGAUUUUUUUAUGACCCUAUAGAAAGGGAUAUUGAGACAGAAUUCCUUCCGUGGCUGAUGACAGAAGUAGAAGAAGAACUAGAGGGGAAGGUUCUGGCAAGGAUGAUGCUUGACUCCUUGAUUCGUACAGUUGUUGAAAACCGCUUAGAAGCAUUUAGCCGUAAACCUCCGUCUGAUCAGCCAGAGGCACCUGCUGAAGAGCCCCAGCCACCAGGAGAGCCCCAGCCACCAGAAGAGCCCCAGCCAACAGAAGAGCCCGAGCCACUGGAAGAGCCCCAGCCAACAGAAGAGCCUGAGCCACUGGAAGAGCCUAAGCCAGCAGCUGCAGAACCCCAGAUGGCUGGUGAGACAGAUGCUGCUGACCAACCAGUCACAGAGAAAGAGGAGACCGACCAACCUGUUUUUGAGCAACGAUCUUCACAGCGUAUGUCUUUCCAGUUAGAAUUGGAAUAA